AGUUUGCCAGGUGCAGGGGAGAGGUGAACAGCCAGCACUCGCGCAGGAGAGAAAUGAGAAGAAAUCAAACUCAAAGAAAAUAACCAUGGCUGGCGACGAUCUUGAUGCAAUCCUCCGCCAGUGUUCCGAAGUAACUUUGCCAGAAAACGAUGUCGACAUACGAACUCCACCUACACUACAACAGCACUUGAACCAUUUUAGUGUUAAGCGUCCUACUAGUGUCUUUGAAGACGCAGAAAACAUAUAUGAUGGUGUUACUCGCUUUACUUCGGGCAGAGGCCGUGCGCAACGGACUAUAUAUAACCCAGGCCUUAACGAUAGAGUGAGUGUGGAAAGUGAUGACUAUUUGCGAGACUCCAUAAGAAAGGCUUUUCCACUUGGCUAUUCAAACGAGUUUAUAGAAAAAAAAUGGAACAAGCAAUCCAAUCAAACACCAUCCCCUGUUUUACCCGUUGACGUACAAUUUUGUGAUAUUCAAGGGGAAGAUUCUGAGAGUUCUGAAAAAUCCGUAAGUCCUGUAAAACGAAAUGUCUCGAGUCCCAUCAAGAGUCCUAUCAAACAGGCGGCCGAGGAGAAGAAACCUCCACCUCUUAGUGUUAUUCUUGGUAAAAAAAAUAAGUCGGAUAAGUCAGAAGUUAAGGAGAAGGAGGUAGAUCAGAAGAAAGAAGAAAAAAAUAAGUCGGAAGUUAAGAAGGUAGACAAGAAGAAAAAAGAAAAAAAUAAAUCAGAUAAGUCAGAAGUGAAAAAGGUAGAUCAGAAGAAGAAAGAAGAACAUGGACAGGAUGUGAACUCUAAUCUUAAUCCUGAUGCGCCAGAAUUUAAGUUCAAUUUUUGUAGCAGUCCAAUAAAGAUUAAUGGGACAUCACCUACUCAUCAACGUCAUUCUCCCGCCAAAAGUGGAAGUGACAAAGAGAAUGGCGAAAUUGCGCGUAAUUAUAUAGUCAAGCAUGACUUUUAUGGGGACUGCGACCCUUACAGAUUUUUUGCGUACGACAUAGAUGAACCGCCUUUUAAUAUAAGCUCGGAUGAAGAUUUCCCGGCGUUAAAUUCCUAACGAGAUUUUAUCUUUUGACUCAAAUUGUUAUAGAAGCUAUGAUUUCCUAACAAAAAAUGGGGGGAUAUAAAAUUUUGACGCUUAUCAGAGCUGUUAAGUUGGCAAAUAAUUUUGGCACCUGUGUACUUCACAAAAAGUCUAUGUGUCUAGUGCUAUUCAAACCAUACUGUAUGAAGGUUUUAAUCAAAAGCAUUGAGCAUUUCUUUAUUGUGAAAUUCAAGACGUUCAAAACUUGCCUGUAUCACUUGACAGUUAUUCUGCGAUUUUUCAGUAAUUUGUCUGCGAUGCUCACUGCACUUGUGGGAAGCAGAUACUUGAUUGCGAUACAAUUUCUUUAGGGAAUCAUAGCUUUGUGGCCCUUUUAAAUAGUGAAAGAGUAUUAUGUCACAUAUAAAACACCUACCAAUGAUCUUGCCGUUCACACCAGAAUUUACUUUUACUGGUGUUUGUGAUAUUCGCCAUGUGAUUAUUAAAUUGUAUAAUAUACAAUACGUUAAGUUUUCGAUUAGAUAUAAACCACUGAAGAAAGCGCUAAAAUCGGCAACAUUGCUUAUUUCACUAGCGUUGAUUAAUCGCCGAAUGACGGCGGAGGACUGAGUGACGCAUGCAGUGUUUCCAUUUAUGUUCAUAUUUCUCUGGCUGCUGUGAUUAACGUUUUCUCAUUUUGUCUCCUAGUCUUGUACAUUUUAUGUGUAGGUAGAGUUGCCAAAUCCUGCUUAAGGUGUGCUGGCUAUAAACAUGACUACAUUGAAGAAGUAGUAGAAAUAAUCUACAUACAGUUGAGUCCAGGGUUUUUUACCCGUGCGUCAUCAUUUAAAGCGUACGAAAUAAGUCAGAAAUUUACUAAACGCAACAGCAAGUGACAGUAAGUAGCUACUGCUCCGAUCACGGGUUAAAAUUUGACGUUAACAAAUAAAUAGAAUGUCAAAUGUAAGUUUUGAUUUAAAAUUUUGUGCAGAAUUACAACUAAAUUUGAAGUAGCUUAAUAAAUCUAACAAUAAAACACUGAAGACGUUUGUUUUCUAUACUUCCACAAAAUUUAUUACAACUAUGUGACUACAGGUGUUUCGGCAGAGUGCCUUUCUCAAGUGAUUUAGUUUACAAUGGUUUGCCUAUUUAAAGUGUUUAACUGAAGAGGUUGAGGAGUGGGGAGCUGUUUGUCUCGAGUUGGUCAUUCAGAAUUAUAUCUGUAUUUUUCAAUUUAUUAGUUUCCAUAGAUUCCAAUAAAGAUAGCUUAAGGCCUUUAUUUUGAAUAUGCAGAAUUUGAAACUGUUCAUUCAGUGCAGGACUUAUUAUGGGUAAUCCUCUAAGCCCAUUGCUCUCAUAUACAGUACGUAAAUCGUUCUGCUGGACAUAGGGAAUAUACAUUGAGAUCAUUGUGGCAACUGCGCUAACCUGUUAGUUGAAACUUCUGUUCGAGUACGAGUUUCUGGUGCAAUAGAGCUGUUAGAACGAAUAUAAUGAGUGAUUUUGAAUGCAAGGCAGUCCAUAAAUAAAUCAAAAACAAAGAUUAUGACUGAUGAAUUAAUAAUUUUACUUUAAUUUUUAAAAUAUCUUUUAUUUAAAAAUUAAUUUCCAAAUUAAACAGACACAGUUUUCCCAUUAGGUCAAAAACAGUUCUACUACAAUGUCAUGUUUUGACAUUUAUUUGUGUCACCCGAAAUUAAUUGUCAAUUUUGAGGUUAAUGCCCCUUAAUGCUAACAACUAUAUUGUCAUUGAGAGAGCGAAGUUGCCACAAUUAUCUUAAUAUAAUACAAUGUGUGUAUUUAGGUAUCUAAAUAUAUACAAUGUAUGUUCCCUAUGUCUAGCUGAACGAUUUACGCACUGUAUAUUUAUGAACCAUCUUGAAACAACAAUUUCUAAACAUCCCGUAUUUAAACAGUUCUUAUAUUGGUGGAGAUACGUGGAUGAUAUACUAGUAUGCUUUACAGGAACUAACAGGCAACUUGACCAAUUUCUAUCAUACAUUAAUUCACUUCAUAGUAACAUUUGAGUUCACAAUAGAAACAGAACAGAAUAAGUCCAUAAACUUUCUAGACGUAACAAUUACCAGACUACACAAACAAACAUGAGUUCACCGUAUAUCAUAAACCUACCCAUACCGACACAACUAUACACAAUUCAUCAUCCCAUCCUACACAACACAAACUAGCAGCCUACCAUAGCAUGAUACAUAGACUGACAGAAAUUCCCAUGUCAAAAAGUAACUUCGAGAUAGAACUGAACAUCAUUAAACAAAUAGCAGUAAACAAUGGCUAUAACGAACAAACAAUUAACAAAAUUUUAAACCAAAAACUCCUUAAGAAAGCCCUGAAAUUAGUUUAUCCACCACCACAGAAAGAACCCAGUACCUUCUGCUCUAUCACAUAUACUGGCAAGAUAACAACAAAAAUAGCCAGAUACAUAAAAAAGACAGGAAUAACACCAGCUUUCAGAACUAACAACAACUUAAGCAAAUAUAUUAAGAACAAUAAUGAGCCGAAAGAGAAAACAACUACAGAGUACAACUACAGAGUGUUUACAAACUAACUUGUGGUGACUGUCCGAAAACUUACAUCGGUCAAACUGGCAGAACUUUUGACAAACGGAUAGCAGAACACAAAAGGGCUUUCAACAAUAGAAAAACAGACACUUCUACAUACGCACUUCACCUUCUAGAUCAUAAUCAUUCUUUUAAUGAACAGUUUCAAAUUCUGAUAGAACUCAAAUCAAAUUCAGAAAUUAAUAAAUUGAAAAAUACAGAUAUAAUUCUGAAUGACCAACUCGAGACAAACAGCUCCCCACUCCUCAACCUUUUCAGUUAAAGACUUUUAAAUAGGCAAACCAUUGUAAACUAAAUCACUUGAGAAAGGCACUCUGCCGAAACAGCUGUAGUCACAUAGUUGUAAUAAAUUUUGUGGAAGUAUAGAAAACAAACGUUUUCAGUGUUUUAUUGUUAGAUAAAAUGAACUUCCAUCAAGUAACGGUCGAAUCCAUCAAUAGCUUAAUAAAUGCUUUUAAUAUCAUUAGUGAUUAAUAAAUAAAUAAAAAAUUUAUAAAAAAAGUUGAAUAACAUAUUUUCUUUUUGUCAUUUCAUUCACUUAACGAAAACUUAACACAACCAUUCCUUAACUACUGUCACUUAACUAAACUUAACAACAUAAAUUACACUUACCAUAAAAUUUCAAACUCCAAUAUAAAAUUAGUUUUGAAAAAAUUUUUUUGUGCAAUACAAAGAACUUCAAAAUGCAAAAAUUCGACAAAAAAAACAAGCAAAAAAUUCAACAGACUGACAGCCACAAACGUAAACAAACCAGAAACGUCACAAAUUGUACUUAAAAUCUGAAAACAUUCCUAAUCGUCUUUUUUGUACCUAUCUCUUUUCAAUAUACUGAGUCUAGAGCGUUCAUAAAAAUAACAUGUCUUUUUACUUAAUAACAGGCGGUAGCUGGUUUGUCAUUAGUUUCAUGCGUGGAAGAGAAUGAUGCUAGAUAAAAAGUAUAUGUUUUAUCUCGCCAGGUAUUAAUGACGGACGGGUAAAAAACCACGGACUCAAGUGUAGAAAUAAUCUGCGUGCAGUGAUGAUUGAAUGAACUUAGUAUUGUCAAGACCUGAGUCUCCUACAAAAUGAUUGUUUAAGAAAAUACAAAAAGUAAGUUAAAAUAUUUUGUAAAUGUUUGUUUAACAAUCCAGCGACCAGAGAAAAUUAUUAUUAACAAUGAGUUUUAGAUUAGAAAAAGUUUAUUUCUAAGUAUUUCUAUGUUUAUGAUAUGAAGUAUUCAAUAUAUUUUAUUCAAAAUCUUUAUAUUCAUUUUUUAAAAUGAUUUGAAAUAGUUUACGCGGUUUAUAAAGUAAGGUAAGGUUAGGUAGGAAACCAGAACGUUGAGCCAGUGUUCCCAACCUUUGAAAGUGGGAUUAUUUUGUCAGGGCCAUAAAAUUGUAAAUAUGAAAAAAAUAUAGUAGAUGAGAAAAAAUAAUGGUCUUCAAAUUGGUUUGAAAAAAUUUAAAUUACUAUUAAUUUGAGUUUUUACCGGUACACAAGUAUGUAAUUUAAAAACAUAAUAUCAAAUAUAUAGUUCACUAGUUACCAUCACAUUAUCACAGUCGAGGUUUAUAUACACUACUCAACAAUUGAAGUGGAUAAUUUUAAAAUUCCUAAAAUUAACAUAAAACUAUUUUUAAAAUAAUUGCCUGUACUAUACUCUAUAUGCUAUCUUUAUUGCCAAUAUUUUUUGCAUGUGGUUUUUUCUCCCUAUUCUUAUCGGCCCUUAUCUAGUACAAAGAGAGAAAUGUUGUUCCAAACAUGAAUAUAUCAUUCGUAUAAAAGUGCUUGUAUUGGCUUUACCAGUUGUCAAUAAGUCAAGAAAUCUAUUUAUCACAAAAACAUUAUGCCGCAAAGACGUUUAGAACUAGUGCAGCUCGAGCAAUUAGUUCGUUGGAUCCAACAAGGCAUAACUCAACAAGAGGUUGCUAUGAGGCUAAAUGUGUCGCAAAGUGUGAUAAGUCGUGCAUGGAAUCGGUAUGUAGCAAGUGGAUCUGCAACAUACAGGCAUGGAGGAGGAAGAGAACGAUCUAAAACUCGUCGGCAAGACCGUUUUGUAGUUCUGACGGCAAGAAGAAACCCAACAUUCACGGCUUCCAGAAUUAACAGUAUCUUCAGGCAUGCUACUGGACGAGCGAUUUCCAGUCAAACUGUCAGAAGACAGUUACAUGCAUCCAAUUUAAGGGCUAGACGGCGCGCUACCCAUCCACGACUAACUAGGGAGCAGCGUGCAUGCAGAUAUAGCUGGGCGAUGGAACACUAUCAGUGGAAUUUCGAAAAUUUGAGGAAUUGUCUCUUUACUGACGAGUCCAGAUUUCGUUUGUAUACUAAUGAUGGCCGAAUAUUGGUGUGGAGGGAAAGAGGACAGCGUUACAAUGAAAAUCUGAGAGUCCCAACCACUCUUUUUGGAGGUGGAUCCGUUUGCGUGUGGGGAGGCAUAUGUUUUGACGGUCGCACGGACUUAGUCGUCUUAAUUAAUGAGACAACGACUGCUAGACGAUAUCGAGUUCCAUUUUUUGGUGCAAUAGGCGAACAAUUUGUUCUGAUUGAUGAUAAUGCUCGCCCUCACCGUGCGAGAAUUGUCAACGAGUGUAUAGAAGCUCAUGGCAUUACAAGAAUGGAGUGGCCACCGUGUUCACCUGAUAUGAAUUGCAUUGAACAUGUUUGGGCCGAAAUGUCUAGGCAACAAAACAGGCUCCUUCAACCGCCCCAAACCUUAGAUCAGUUGGCCAAUACAUUACGCGCGAUUUGGGAACGUAUACCGCAGCAGUUCAUCAAUAAUUUAAUAAGAGAUCUUCCAAAUAGAGUUAGAGCGCUAAGGCGACACAGAGGUGGACCCACACACUAUUAAUUUUUCUUUUCGGGAUAUUAGAAAUUGAGCAGGAAUAGAAAUUUUAGGUUGUUAAUUUUACAAUUUUUGUUUAUUUUCUAUUUUUUUUUUCUUAAAGAAUUUCUUUCUUUCGGUUCAUCUGUAUGAAAAUACGAAGUAAAAAUAAAUCUUUAUUUAUAUCACUCCAUUUUUCUAUUUGACCUUAUGAACAAAAAAUAAAAUACACAUUUUCUUAAUAUCCACUUCAAUUUUUGAGAAGUGUACUUUAGUUUUAUGGGAAGUGCUGAGUAUAUGUAGAGGAUGAAUUACUGUUACAAACAAAAUCUGACGUCCACAAUUUCAGCGACGUCGAUAUUUCAUUAUUUUUUGUUUUGGAUUGAAUGGAUUGAAUUAUGCGAAUAUUAUUGGAAAUAUUUACGAACAUGCGACAAUUGUGAACCUUCUGUGCAUUACUGAGAAGGUAAAAAUUGGAGAUACCUUGUCGCUAAAACUAUUUAUAACAGUCAUGGAGUACGCAUUAAACGAUUAGAGUAAGACUCAAAGGGUAUUAGCAUCGAUGGAAAGAUAUUAAAUGAUCUCCGAUAUGCUUAUGACAUUGUUCUCAUAAUAGACGAUUUAGGAGAAGCUGAGUUAUGUUACAACUACCCACAAUAACCCGUAAGGUAUAGCAGGAAACCAUAAUAAUCUGCACAGACAGCAGACAGGCGCUAGUAACCAUGAAUAGACCACGUGUCAUAUCAGGGCUAGUAAUGAAAUGUCAUGAGUCACUAGCCCAAGCUUCGGAUGGUAACAACAUGAUCCUGAGGUGGGUUAAAGGACACAACGGAAAUAAAGGCAACCGCAUUGCUGACCAGCUAGCUAAGAAGGCAGCAAGCCUAAGAAUCUUAGGACUUGGUGGUCUUUUUGGCUGGUCAACUGCAACAGUCGCGGAACAAUCGACACAAAUGUCACUCCCACACGCAAACCGUGAAAAGAUGGGAAGAAGGGCCAGGCUGUAGACUUGCCAAGGUAACACUAAGGAACCUUGGGAAGACUCAAAGAUAUAAUCCAUUUUCUGUAUAAUAGAGAACUCUCCCUAGAUAUCAAAACUACUGAAAAUAUCUACCAAAACAACAAAAUAGAAGUCACAAUAGAUGGAUAACUUACAGAACCUAUAGAUAAGGUAGCGGAAUAAGACAGGGAGACUCUAACAAUAAAACACUGAAAACGUUUGUUUUCUAUACUUCCAGAGGUUGAGGAGUGGGGAGCUGUUUGUCUCGAAUUGGUCAUUCAGAAUUAUCAAGCUCGAGACAAACAGCUCCCCACUCCUCAACCUCUUCAGUUAAAGACUUUAAAUAGGCAAACACAUAGUAAACUAAAUCACUUGAGAAAGGCACUCUGUCGAAACAGCUGUAGUCACAUAGUUGUAAUAAAUUUUGUGGAAGUAUAGAAAACAAACGUUUUCAGUGUUUUAUUGUUAGAUAAAAUGAACUUCCAUCAAGUAGCGGUCGAAUCCAUCAAUUUUACAGGGAGACUCAUUUGAGUUCUAUGCUCUUUAAUUUAAUCAUGGAUGAGAUCAUCAAAAACGUCAACAAAGGAAGAGGAUAUAGAAUGGGAAACAAAGAAGUAAACAUACUCUGCUAUGCCGAUGACGCAAUAUUGAUAGCCCAAGAUGAAGAUACUGCAAAGAUUAGUCUAUAGAUUUAACAUAAGAGCAAAAGAAUUCAAUAUGAAUAUUUCAUCUCAGAAAACUAAAACAAUAGUAAUCAAUAAAGAACCAAUCAGAUGUAAAAUAGAAAUUGAUGGUAUCAGUAUUGGACAAGUAAUAGAAGUAAAAUACCUUGGAAUUACAUUGUCAAGUUACGGAGACCUGGACAAAGAAGUGAGAAAUCAAGUACAUAAAGCAAACCGACAUAUUAACACUGAGAUGAAGUCAAGAAUUUAUAAAGCCAGUGUAAGACCAAUAAUGCAUAUGCAUCAGAAACAAGACCCGAUACAGCCACAACGCAAAGACUACUGGAAACGGCAGAGAUGAGAGUACUGAGAAGAAUUACAGGAAAUACGCUGAGAGAUCGAAAGAGGAGUGAAGACAUUAGAAGACAAUGUAACGUACAGUGUAUAAACGGAUGGACACUAUAUUGUAAAUAGAAAAAAAUAAUUGAAUAACCACCUAACCAGAAUGGGGGAAAUACGUGUGGUCAAAAUCAUCAUAUCAUGCAACCUCUUCUGUCCACUGCUCGACAUAGGUAUCUCCGAUUUUUCGCCACACUCAUGGGCUCUGUGCGUCUUGCUGCCAUUUCUUGGAUAUUCGUUUAAUGUCGUCCAUCCAGCGUGUUGGUGGCCGUCCUCUGCUGCGUUUGUCUUCUCUUGGGCGCCAGUCAAUUAGUUUUCUGGUUCAUCGUGAGUCUUUUAGUCUCGCUAUGUGACCUGCCCACUCCCAUUUCAGCUUGGCUUUACGUUCGACGACAUCAGUGAUACAAAAUAGCAAGAGAUAAAUCACCAAUCGGUAGAAGAAGUAUCGGCCGGCCGCGCAAAAGAUAGAGUGACAAACUUCCAUAGAGAUAUCAAUUCCCCAAUGAACAAGCAGAAUUGCUUAAAAAGAGGAAGAAGAGGGAGAAGAAGAAAAAUUAAGAAGAACACAACGAAAGAUGGAGAGGUCAAUGCUUGGAAUAAGCUUAAGAAAUAGAGUAAGAAACGAGGAAGUUCGUAGACGAACCGGAGUCGAAGAUAUUAUCGAACGUAUUACAAGGCAAAAAGGGAGAUGGGCGGGAUAUCUUGCAAGAAUGAAGGACGACAGAUGGACAAAACAAUUGCUUAAGUGGAGACCACGGGCAGACAAGCGAAGCCGAGAAAGACCCCCAACGCGAUGGAACGACGACCUCGAAAGAAUUGUGGCCAAUUGGAUGAAAUUGAUUAUUCAAUAAUUGAUUACACGUUUUACUCAACCAACAUUUUUGUCUUGAAUUUAGCAAAUAUUUCAAUAGCUAUUUACUAUAACCUUUUUUUAAGAAAAGUCUAGGGGGUUAUAAUAUAUGGAAUUAUUUAAUAAUUUUUAAACCUUUUUAUUUAAUAAUAUUACAUAGUCAUAUAGUUCUGAGGUAUAUUUCAAAUGCGUGGUUGUGCAGGAAGUGUAUAAAACAAAUGUAAAUAUGUAAUAGGCCCUUUUUUGACAAUAAUAUCCACUGGUUUGACUCUGGUUCGCCUAUUAUGAAUUUAGUUUAAAGCAGUUUAAAAAUCAUUUUAAUAAGCACCUCAAUAAUACUGGAAACAAGUUAGUUAAAAUAAACUUUUUAGUGUAUAUAGAGGUAAAAUAAGUUAUUUAAAAAAUGAGAGAAUAAGUUACAUUUUUUUAUAUAUAUUAUAAAUUAUUGCAAACAGAACGGCCGGAUUACAAUAAAUUUGAAACUUUACCAAACUCCUAACAUUGUCAUUAGAUAUGGUUGGUGAAAAUUCUCGAAGCAUACCUUACAUAUGUGACAUAUACUUUUUCACUCAUAAUUUUUGCUAUUAUUUUAUGUAAACGCUUUCACUCCUGAUCAUAACCUUAAAAUAUUUUAAAAUUGAACCAGUUAGAUUCCCAUGAGAAAUCAUUCUAUAGUUAGCACCAAAAUGCGGGAGAUCUGUUAAUUUAAAUUUGUUCAUAGUAUAUUUGUCCGCAAUACCUGAGGACUAUGUUUGUCCGCAACAGUUGCGGACUAUAUUUGUCCGCAAUAGUGUUGACAUGACAUCAGGAGUGAACGGGUCAACAAACUUGUUAAUUACUACCAUAAACCAUUUAUCAAAACAAUUAUACAUUAUAGAUUUCUUUUAACGUCCGGAAAAAUGAGAUUUAUUCUAGAGUCCAUCUAAGUUUUCUUUAUACUACUCCUAGUCUGAGGCAGCCAAAGAUUUUUUUGUUAAUAUAUUUAAAUUAUUUAUAUUUUUUUGUAUUUUUCUGAGCUUAUAGCUCAAUUGUUUGAAGAUUUGUAGCAUGAGGCUGGGAAUACAAAUGCCAGUACCUAUAUAUUGGAAGAGUAACUUACUGGCGGCGCAUUUGUAAUUUUUUUAUUGUUUCUGAGGCCUUUCUUCAAAAACAGUCAAAAGAGACUAGUCAAACUAAGACUGAAAAUAUUCCUAACGCAAUAAUAUUGUUCUGAAGCUAUUGCCUUGUGGCAUCGUAUGCAAUUUACUAUUUUAUUCAGGAAUACACAAUUUAAGUUUGAACUCAAAUUUAUUUGACGUUUCGAUUUCUAUUUCGGAAAUCGUUGUUUUGUAUCAAAAUACAAAACAAUAAAUUAACAAAUUUUGCUUUUGUUGCUUGGUAAAUAUUGGCAAUAUUAUUCCAAAGUCAUCUACUUUAAAAUAAAUUAAAAAAAUUAAAAUAGAUGUCUGAACUAUCAAUAUGAAUGAGUCAGAUAAAAUUAAAUUAGAAAAAUUUGUUUACCAAGCAAAUAAAAAUUGUUUAAUUUAUUAAGGUUUUGCAUUUUGAUAAUGACUUCUGAAUUGGAAAUUGAACCGUCAAAAACAUGAAACUAAUGGAAAUCAUAGAGAGUUCUCAAUAUACAAGAAUAGCAAUGAAAACAAUGAGGAAAUACGGAAUAUGGAAGAGAGAUGGAAAACAUUGAGAGAUACGUUAUGGAACACUGCAAAACAAGUAUGGGGAAUAAGAAAGACUCGGGAAGAAUAAUAAAAGAACUGGUUGGUGGAAUAAGGAAAUAAAGCAAGCAGUAAAAUAGAAGAAAGAAAUGUGGAAACGAUACAUAAACACAAAUGAAGAAUGAGACAGAAACGAGUACAAAAGACAAAGAAAUAUAGUGAAAGAACUAGUAAAGGACGCAAAGAUGAAGAGCUGGAAGGAAUUCGGUGAAGAAUUGAACCAAGGUUUUGGAAAUAACAAUAAUCAGUUUUGGAAUAAAAUAAGAAGCAUGAAAGGAACAAAAAGGAAACAAAUAAAUGGGAUUAGAAAUGAGCGAAAUGAAUUGAAAACAAACAUACAAGACAUACUAACCAUAUGGAAUAAGCACUAUAAAGAAAAAGUCGAGGCAAGGAACCAACAAAAUGUGGAGAAAGGACAGCAAGAUAGAGAACAGGAUAGGGAAAUGAUUAUCGAAAGAUAUUGAAGAAUGAUUGGCAAGAAUAAAGAUUGGAAAAGCGGGAGGUGCCGAUGACAUAGAUCCGGAGAUGAUAGAUCACGGAGACGUGGGAGAAAAAGGCAAAGCGGAAUGUGAUAACUAUAGGGUCAUAUGCUUAUCAUCAGUGAAGAAGAAAAAGCAGUUUUUAGGAAGGAAAGAGGAACAACAGAUAAUAUGUACAUACUGAGAAAUAUAAUUGAAAGAAAAAACGAAAUAGGAGAAGACUGCUUUUGAUUCUAUAAAUAGAGAAAUAAUAUGGCCAGUAAUGGAAGACCUGCAAAUCCCGCAAAAGAUAAUAAGCAUGGCAAAAAGUACAAUUAGAAACGUACUCGCGAAAGUACAAAUAAACGGAAACAUAUCGCCAAUAAUUAACUUACGGAGGGGAAUAAAACAAGGACACAGUCUCAGCCCAGUUUUAUUCAUAUUAGUAAUGGAUAGAGUAAUGGAGAGCGCCAAAAGAACUUCAAGGCAAUUACAGUCAACAAUAGGGUAUAGGAAUUUAGUACCAGUGAGAAUGGAGGUUUUAUUCUAUGCAGAUGAUCUAGUAAUAACAUCAGAAAUUGUGGCUUAUUCCCAAAUAAAAUAGUAAACUAUAAUAAAUUGAAGUAUUCAUAAUAAAUAUGGGUACUACACAAGAAGCAAUUAUAUGGACCAGUUAAGUACAUGUUUACAGAUUGUAUAAUAGAGAAAGAAAUCAGUAAAUUAUAGCCGAAGAGCAAAUUGGAGACAUUUCUAAACUUUAAAAACUGUUUAGUUAAUUUAUCUUGAUUUAAACGUGUUUAAAGUAGAGACUACAAAAUUAUUAAUGCAUGGUUGCACUAACAAAUCUUAAGUUCCAGUUUAGCCCAGCUCAGCUUGUAGAUUAAUUUUUGAUUUUUAUCUAAGCACGUCUUAACUGAGACGAAGUUUAAGAUGCAAUCCACGUAAAAAUCCAUUUUGGCAAGCUCAAAAUUGAUCUAAGACUCGAUGGUGCAACGCGUAAGUUUAGUAAUCUGAGCUUAAGGCACGUCUCAAGCUUAAGAUCUGUUCAUGCAACCAGGCAUUAGUCGCAUUAAAUAUUUAAUAUUUAAUAAUGAAAUAUGUACUAUCGUAAUUUAUAACAAAAACGUUAUUUAAAAAAAAUAACUUAACUGAAUUCAUCAUUGACAUCACACGAAUUGUCUUAGAAUAUAAGGAGCAUACUCUCAAUAUUUCAGAUAAUCUGUUAAUCAGAUUGACAUUUAUUUAGUUAUUGACAAUAUUUGCAAAUAGAAGUUAACUGCAAGUUAAUCAAAACAACUCAAAUUUUAUCAGCAUAGCCAAAAAUUAUUUCUUGAUACUGUUUACAAAAAUUAAAGAAUAUAACAAUUGUACAAGAUGUAAUAAUGAGUUUUGGACAUGCUACAACUGCUGCCUACUCCUCACAGCACAUAUUCGAUAAGGUGUUCCCUAAUGACACUUUUUAGUGUAUUUAACAAAAUGUAAUACUAACUAUGAUAUUACUUAUGCCUGGUUGCAUCAACAAAUCUUAAGCUCCGGCUUAGUCCAGCUCAGCUUAUAGAUCUAUAAUUUUCGCACGUCUUAACUGAGACGAAGUUUAAGAUGCAAUCCAUUGUGGCAAGCUGAAAAUUGAUAUAAGACUAACGCCUGGUUGCACCAACAUAUCUUAAAUUUAAGACGUGCCUUAAGUCAGCUUACGAAACAUACUCGUUACACCAUUGAGUCUUUGAGCAAUUUUCAGCUUGCGAAAAUGGAUUGCCACGUGGAUUUCACCUUAAACUUCUUCUCAGUUAAGACGUGCUUGGAUAAAAAUGGAAAAUUAUAUAUCUAUAAGCUGAGCUGGGCUAAGCUGGAGCUUAAGAUUUGUUGGUGGAACCAGGCAUUAAUGGUUCAACGCAUAUGUUUAGUAAGCUGAGCUUAAAGCACGUUUUAAGCUUAAGAUAUGUUGGUGCAACCAGGCAUUAGACUUUUAAAAUUAUUUGCUUUUCGAAUCCUGCAAACCGAUUUAAGUAUUUUCUUUACAAUUAUGAAAUACUUGCCUAUAAUGUGUUUCAAACGUUAGAAUCAGUGUGCAAGCGGGUUUGCCAUAUGUCGCCCAUUCUGUGAAUUAUCAUAAAUAAAUCCUCCUUUUGUAUUUCACAGCAGUUAACAGCGAUAAUCCUCUACAAGGCCCUGCCUAAUUCUACCUUUCAAGGCCGCUGCCGUGAAGGGCGGCAACGGGUGUCAGGAAAAUUGUCAUUUGGUUUGCAUGGCCCUAUCCUUCGUACACUGAAUCGCAUGUCUGAAAUACGCUGUAGAAUUGAGUAGUUAUUGUAUAGUUUUAAGGCAUUCUUUUUAUUGCUAUGUAAAUGCUAAACGCUAAAUCGGUAAAACACUUUCUUAAUCGAGUAUUAUAAUGAGGGUGUUGUUUUAACAUCUUGUACGAGUCACUUCUUUUUAUUGUCGCGGUGUUUACUGUGUUGUUUUAGUCAAUAUAAACACAUGGUAGAUAUGUCAGUUUACCACAACUUUUGAUAAAUGGUUCAAUUUAAUUUUAUUAGGGCCAAAUUUGUAGUCAAAUACAAAAUGCCAUAAUCGUCACACUAUCAACUACCUUUAAUGACAAAGGUUUAGACAUAAGUAAUUUAGAUAGGAAACUUAGAUUAUAGUUUUGUAAUUUGGGAUUUGAAUAAAUUUGAUUUUUUAAUA